AUGCCACUGACGAACGCAACAACUCACAACACUGGGUUCCGUUGUUCUGUGAAGCGAGUCAUCAAUGGUGAAGCUUGGAGCCCAAAAUACCGGCCAAGGCCAGACAUCAUGGGCAACUCAACCAGGGCCAAUCUCGUCACCAUCAGCUACCUCUUGUCCAUCCCCCCAACGCCAAGCUACUUCGCCAGUGCCACUAAUUGGCUCAAUAGCCCACCAUGCUCGGAAUUUUGCCGAAGGUCAGAGCUCUACCAAACAGAGUGUGCAUACAUGCCAGCUAGAGCAUCAGAUGUGUGCGCUUUACGUGGCCUCGACGGGGUUAAUGCGAAGCUCACAAGUGUUGAGGUACUCCAUACCGACCACUUGGUUCCGAGCAACGUGUUCGAACCUAAAUUAGCAUGCGUGGGCUGGAACUGUGCUUCGGGUAUGGGAGCACGAGGAAUGAAAUUGCUUUUGGCCGUGUCAGAUUUUGUGAUGACAUUGUGGGGGAAGGCUUCAGCUCACAAGCCAGGGUCAAGUAGUUUAGCGUAUUUCCGGGCAACUGUUUCGAUGGACUCAUCUGACUGUGUCUCACAGAGCAAAACACUCUCACAGACGCACGGAGUGGUUAUGCCACAGUUGUGGAUGCUAUCUGGUUGUCACGGCUGA